GCCCUACUGCCCGGUGAAGCGGAGCAGUCCUGCCCACAGAGCACAGCACCGAGCCCGGGGGCGGGUGGUUCAGCUGCCGGGGAGCUCGUGUGGGUGUGUAUGUAUGCAGCUUGUGAGCGCGCGCGUGCGUCAGUGUGUCCUGCCCGGUCCUGCCGUGAAUUCUCCGCCGGUUUAAGCAUGGAGGAGUUAGCCAGAGAGAGCAUCAGCCUGCUGACUUCAGCUUCCGCCAAGCCGCCGCUGGACGCCGCGGCCGCCGCCGGGCCUCGUCUCGGCUCCAUGGGGGCCAUCUUCAUCAUGCUGAAAUCCGCCCUGGGCGCCGGGCUCCUCAACUUUCCCUGGGCGUUCGGGAGAGCCGGGGGCGUCCGCAGCGCAGUCACCGUCGAGCUGGUCUCCCUUGUGUUCCUGAUCAGUGGUCUGAUCAUCCUGGGCUACGCCUCGUCCAUCAGCGGCCAGUGCACGUACCAGGCGGUGGUGAAGGAGGUGUGUGGGCCAGCCAUUGGCCAGCUCUGUGAGAUCUGCUUCGUCUUCAACAUCUUCAUAAUCUCUGUGGCCUUUCUGGUUAUAGUCGAUGACCAGCUGGAGAAGUUGUGCGGCUCCCUGUACGAGCUGAUAACUGGUUUGCCGGAGUCAGAGAUGCCGUACCACGUCUACACAGACCAGCGCUUUGGCCUGGUGCUGCUCUGCAUCUUCCUCAUCCUGCCGCUGUCCAUCUCCAGAGAGAUCAGCUUUCAGAAAUACACCAGUGUUCUAGGCACUCUGGCUGCAGCCUACCUGACCAUUGCCAUCAUCAUCAAAUACCACACCACGCCUUCUGUUCUGGUUCACAUCACCCCUCUCACUAGUGGGAUCAGCUCCUGGGCCUCCAUGUUCAGCGUCAUCCCGACCAUCUGCUUCGGUUUCCAAUGCCACGAGGCGUCCAUCGCCAUCUACAGCAGCAUGGAGAACCAGCGCCUCUCUCAUUGGGUCUUCAUCUCUGUGGUCUCGAUGAUCAUCUGUCUCAUCAUCUAUUCCCUUACAGGGGUUUAUGGGUACCUGACGUUUGGAAAGGACGUGAAGGCUGACAUCUUGAUGUCGUACACCGGCGAUGACAUUCUGAUGCUCAUCGCCCGGCUGCUGUUUGGAGUCUCCAUCAUCACCAUCUAUCCCAUCAUCCUGCUGCUGGGCAGGUCAGUGAUCCAGGACCCCCUGCUGAGCUGGUGGCAGAGGCGCCACGGCGUGGUCACGGCGGCGUUCGAAAGCCGCAGCCGCUACACGCUGACAGUCCUGUGGAUAACUGUGACACUGCUCAUCGCCAUGUACGUGCCGGACAUCAGCAAGGUGAUCAGUGUCAUCGGAGGGAUCAGCGCCUUUUUCAUCUUCAUCUUCCCAGGACUCUGUUUGAUGUUUGCCAUGCAGUCUGAGCCAGUGUCCUGUAAGGUCAGAGUCACCCUCACAGUGUGGGGAGUGGUGACCCUGCUCUGCGGGACUUUCAUCUUCGGCCAGAGCACCACCAUCGCUUUCAUGCAGGUCCUCGGAAAGAUCUGACUGUUCCUCCUCCCUCACUGAUCCGGAUUGUCAUACAGACAGGGGUGACUGGUUCCUAACCACUUUUAAUUUCUCUCCCCUGGAGAGCCCAUGGGGAAUUCUGGCCACCAUUGAAUUUAAAAUUUCUGAAUAAUCGAUAUGAAUAUGUGAUGAUGGCCUGAUUAGUACUAAACUCAGCAAAAAAAGAAACGUCCUCUCCCUUUCUGUCGCCCCCAUGAGGAAUUCUAAGUAAUGACAACAAAACUGUUGGUGCGUCGACAUGAUGCAAG